CUAGAGAUUUCUUUCUUAAUAGCGGGUUUUCAGACUCGAGACCUCGCAGGUCGUUGUUUUUUCCUUCUCUGUAAAGUGGAACUUAUGAAGAAGCUUUCCUCUGAGCACUAAGAUGCACACCCUUUGUGUUUCUAGCAGAAGAUGGGGUUCUGGACUCUGCUAGAAGGUUUUCUGCUCUUUGCAAAUGCAUUGGCAAUUUUGAAUGAGGACCGGUUCCUUGCUCGAAGAGGAUGGACAUUGGCAGAAAUGACAGGACCACAAAGGAAUUCUCUUAAAGGGCAAGUAAUAGGGCUUAUAUAUGCCUGUCAAUUCUUGAGACUUCCCCUUAUUCUCUUCAAUGUUAUCACCAUAAUUGUGAAGCUGUUCUCUGGAUAGCUUAAAAAGAGUGGUAUCAUGCUUUAUGCUUUGUUCUGUGUAUGAUAUGUAAAUUUUAUGUUCGUGAACAAGUUGCAAUUCUACAAAUUCAAUUCAGAGGCAUAAUGAACAGAGUACACCAGUUGUAUUAGUUUUUUUAUUGAAUGUGUCCUCUGUCUUGAUUAUCAUUCUUAA